UGUAAGAAAUAUAAAAUAUGAAGGGUAAUACCUUAAAUCAGAAACGACCGGCACCAUCUUUGAUUUUGCAAACUCGGUCACCGACUCACCAACCUCCAAAUCCUCGCAUUCUGCCAGCUGAAAACGACACCCAAUCCCCGGGAGACGCCGUCGUUUUGACGCCGGUGCCUCCUCCAGGCCCUCCUCCACCGCCGGAGAAUAUUCCAGACACAAUGACGCGAAGCCUCGGCUUCUCCCUGCCCGUAACCGUCGUCGUUUUGGCAAUCGCAUACAUUUACUUCUCCACGGUCUUCAUUUUCAUAGACCGUUGGUUCGGUCUCAUGUCGUCGCCGGGCUUGAUGAACGCCGUCGUUUUCACCGGCGUCGCCGUCAUGUGCGUCUUCAAUUACUCGGCUUCCGUCUUCAGGGAUCCGGGUCGGGUUCCCUCCACGUACAUGCCCGACGUUGAAGAUUCGGGUAACCCUAUGCACGAGAUCAAGCGCAAGAUGUGCAUGCAUCAAAUGGAAAAUCUAUAUCUGGAAACCCUAACCGAUUUAUCCACAAAGGGAGGGGAUUUAAGAUAUUGCCAAAAGUGUUCUCACUAUAAGCCAGCUCGUGCACAUCAUUGUCGUGUAUGCAAAAGAUGUGUUUUGCGCAUGGAUCAUCAUUGCAUAUGGAUUAAUAACUGCGUUGGCCAUGCAAACUAUAAGGUCUUUUUCAUCUUUGUUGUGUAUGCUGUAAUAGCAUGCCUCUAUUCCCUGGUUUUGCUUGUGGGUAGCCUAACUUAUGAUCCCGAAAAAGAAGACCAGGAACCUGGAGACUCUUUUCAAACUGCAUAUUUUCAGGUCAUUUCUGGGCUGUUGCUAGUUCCCUUAUGUGUGGCGCUGAGUGUUCUUUUAGGUUGGCAUAUCUACCUCACUUUGCAAAACAAGACCACAAUUGAGUACCAUGAAGGAGUGAGAGGUAUGUGGCUUGCAGAGAAAGGAGGGCAAAUAUAUUCCCAUCCAUAUGAUCGUGGUGCCUAUGAAAAUUUGACAACGGUAUUGGGAUCAAAUAUCUGCAGUUGGGCACUCCCCACAUCGGGACAUAUUGGAUCCGGACUUCACUUUCGUACAGCCUAUGAUUACCCUUCUGGAGCAUCAAUGUCAGAAUGAAUUUUUCCCGGGUUCAUGAUCUUGAUUUUCAUUCCCACAAGACUUACCAGUGUGGUCGGGUUGGACAGACCUGUCUUGUGAUGAUGUCUGGCAGUCCUUUUCCAGUGUCCCCCUACGAGUCGCUCCAAAAGAAGCAAAAGGACUUUUCCUUGUCUCCUACUAAUGGAAUUCAUUGUCUAGGAGUUCCUGAAACUGUUUCAACGAAACGAUUUUAGGGGAAACAAUUGAUUAUAGGGUCCUUGUCAAUAGCCGAAACUAAUCGGUCUCUGAGAAACUAGGCGCAGGAUGUGAGUUUGUGUUUUCGCUUGUCGUCGGGUAGUUACGUUGAACCAUAGUUUUACAGUUUUACAGCAUGGUCUUCAGUUGAUAGGGUUUUGUACAGAGAGGAGAAUCAGCAUCCCAGCUUUUACCAGCCAGGGCACCUUUUGUAGAGACAGCGGGGUGUUUGUGAAACUUGGAAGAAUUGUAAUCCUUUGUAACGUUAAAGAAAUAAGAGAAAUGGUGGUUCACUUUUUCUUCUUUUA